UAACACUGAACCUGCUGUCUGUAACAUACUGGAUACGUCGCGGUUAAUGACAACAUACAAGGAUAGCAGGAAUGAGAAACGUAAUACUUUCAGCGCUUCUGUCGGUCAUUGCUGUGGUGUCAGGAUACGUGGAGGAACUAGAUGACAAGUUCAAGGAGAACCGACAUGAUGAACUCUGGUUGGUCGAGUUUUAUGCUCCAUGGUGUGCGUACUGUCACACAUUUGAGCCAAUAUGGUAUGAAGUUGGCGCAGAGCUGAAGAGUCUGGGCUCUCCUAUUAAUGUUGGCAAGAUUGACACCACAGUGCACCCAAGUAUUGCUUCAGAGUUUAAUAUUCGUGGAUAUCCAACAAUAAAACUGUUUAAAGGAGAGCUGUCUUUUGACUACAAAGGACCAAGAACAAAGGAUGCAAUUAUUGAUUUUGCCAAUAGAGUUGCAGGACCUGUGGUAAGACCACUCUUUAGUGUUCAGUUGUUCCAGCAUGUUAUGAGUCGUCAUGAUCUUAUCUUUGUUUACACUGGAGGGGAGUCACCCCUUAAGGAGGAAUACUAUAAAGCUGCGGCUGAGUAUAUUGUCCACACAUAUUUCUUCACUGCCUCUAAAGAAAUUCUUCCAAAAGCAGUGACUCUGCAGGAAAUUCCUGCUGUUGCUGUGUUCAAAGAUGGGACGUACCACCUGUACAAUGAAUUUAUUGAUGGCGAUCUGUCUUCCUGGGUAAAUCGGGAGCGUUUCCUCUCAUACUUCCAAAUUGAUAGCUACAGUCUCUACCAGAUGGGGGAACUAAGUAAACUUGUGGCAUUGGCAGUAGUAGAUGAGAAGAAUCCUUCAGAAGAGAGCAUUCGUUACAAAACUCUGAUGGAAAGGCUGGCUACAGAAUACAGAGAUCAUUACAAAAAUGAUUACCAAUUUGGUUAUAUGGAUGGCAAUGACUAUAUCAACGGUUUAAUCAUGGGAGAAGUUCUGAUGCCCUCCAUUAUUGUGUUGAAUUUGUCCAUUGAUGGAUACUUUCUACCACAAAGUAAGAUUGAGACCAUUGAGGAUUUACUUUAUUUCCUCAACAGUGUUCUGGAUGGCAGAGAAAAGUUACUCGGAGGCAAUGGAUUAUUGCAGCACACCAAGAGACUUUAUUAUAAAGCAAAGGAUACUGUGGUGUCGAUGUUCCAGACAGCCCCAGUCUUCUCCUUGUUUCUGUUUGGAUUGCCAGCGAGUAUAGUUGUAAUGGUUAUCUGGGGUACGUGCACUGCUGUACCAGCAGAUGAUGAGAAACCAGAGGAAGGCGCUCUGUUGGCCACAGGCAGUACUGCUGCAGAUGCAGAUGGCAAGAAGGAAAUAGAAUUGCAGCCUGACAGCAGAGAGAAGACCUCAGAAGAAAAGAAACAGGAUUAACAUGGACUGUUAACUUAUGAUCAAAUAAACUGGGCAAACCAAAUUUGCUUUGCGAUGAUUUGCAUCCAUCAGUUAAAACAAGUCUAAAUCUUUGAAAUCAAAUAAAUAUAAAACACGUUCUCUAGUUGUGUUCAUAUACAGGUGCAUCUCAAUAAAUUAGAAUGUCGUGGAAAAGUUCAUUUAUUUCAGUAAUUCAACUCAAAUUGUGAAACUCGUGUAUUAAAUAAAUUCAAUGCACACAAACUGAAGUAGUUUAAGUCUUUGGUUCUUUUAAUUGUGAUGAUUUUGGCUCACAUUUAACAAAAACCCACCAAUUCACUAUCUCAAAAAAUUAGAAUACAUCAUAAGACCAAUAAAAAAAAACAUUUUUAGUGAAUUGUUGGCCUUCUGGAAAGUAUGUUCAUUUACUGUAUAUGUACUCAAUACUUGGUAGGGGUUCCUUUUGCUUUAAUUACUGCCUCAAUUCGGCGUGGCAUGGAGGUGAUCAGUUUGUGGCACUGCUGUGGUGGUAUGGAAGCCCAGGUUUCUUUGACAGUGGCCUUCAGCUCAUCUGCAUUUUUUGGUCUCUUGUUUCUCAUUUUCCUCUUGACAAUACCCCAUAGAUUCUCUAUGGGGUUCAGGUCUGGUGUGUUUGCUGGCCAGUCAAGCACACCAACACCAUGGUCAUUUAACCAACUUUUGGUGCUUUUGGCAGUGUGGGCAGGUGCCAAAUCCUGCUGGAAAAUGAAAUCAGCAUCUUUAAAAAGCUGGUCAGCAGAAGGAAGCAUGAAGUGCUCCAACAUUUCUUGGUAAACGGGUGCAGUGACUUUGCUUUUCAAAAAACACAAUGGACCAACACCAGCAGAUGACAUUGCACCCCAAAUCAUCACAGACUGUGGAAACUUAACACUGGACUUCAAGCAACUUGGGCUAUGAGCUUCUCCACCCUUCCUCCAGACUCUAGGACCUUGGUUUCCAAAUGAAAUACAAAACUUGCUCUCAUCUGAAAAGAGGACUUUGGAACACUGGGCAACAGUCCAGUUCUUCUUUUCCUUAGCCCAGGUAAGACGCCUCUGACGUUGUCUGUGGUUCAGGAGUGGCUUAACAAGAGGAAUACGACAACUGUAGCCAAAUUCCUUGACAUGUCUGUGUGUGGUGGCUCUUGAUGCCUUGACCCCAGUCUCAGUCCAUUCCUUGUGAAGUUCACCCAAAUUCUUGAAUCGAUUUUGCUGGACAAUCCUCAUAAGGCUGCGGUUCUCUCGGUUGGUUGUGCAUCUUUUUCUUCAACACUUUUUCCUUCCACUCAACUUUCUGUUAACAUGCUUGGAUACAGCACUCUGUGAACAUCCAGCUUCUUUGGCAAUGAAUGUUUGUGGCUUACCCUCCUUGUGAAGGGUGUCAAUGAUUGUCUUCUGGACAACUGUCAGAUCAGCAGUCUUCCCCAUGAUUGUGUAGCCUAGUGAACCAAACUGAGAGACCAUUUUGAAGGCUCAGGAAACCUUUGCAGGUGUUUUGAGUUGAUUAGCUGAUUGGCAUGUCAAAAUAUUCUAAUUUGUUGAGAUAGUGAAUUGGUGGGUUUUUGUUAAAUGUGAGCCAAAAUCAUCACAAUUAAAAGAACCAAAGACUUAAACUACUUCAGUCUGUGUGCAUUGAAUUUAUUUAAUACACGAGUUUCACAAUUUGAGUUGAAUUACUGAAAUAAAUGAACUUUUCCACGACAUUCUAAUUUAUUGAGAUGCACCUGUACAUAUUCAUUUUUUCAUUGUACCUUUUGUUGGAGCUCUCAGUUUAUUGCAGUUUUUUUUUCUCAUUAAAUGAAUAUUCCGGGUUCAAUACAAGUUAAUCUCAAUUGACAACAUUUGUGGCAUAAUGUCAAUUACCACAAAAAAUAGUUUCGACUUGUCCCUCCUUUUCUUAAAAAUAAAUAAAUAAAUAAAUAAAUAAAUCAAGGUUACAGUGAGGCACUUACAAUGUAAGUGAAUGGGGCCAAUUUUUGGAGGGUUUAAAGGAAGAAAUGUGAAGCUUAUAAUUUUAUAAAAGCACACAUUAAUUCUUCUGUUAAAACUCUUGUAUUAUUUGAGCUGUAAAUUGUUGAAAUUGUAAUUUUUCAGUCAUUGUAAGGUUUGUUGACAUUACAUUGUAAGUGAUUUUAUCACACUAAAAUCAUGUUAACACACAUAUUGUUUAUGUCUUGUGGCAAUACUUUUGAAACAGUGAGUAUUUUAAAGUUUACGGAUUGGUCCCUUUCACUUUACACAAAAUUACUCACCUUACUUAAUUUACUCAAAUUAAACUUGAGUAAAACUGAAAUCAUAAUUAUUGGACCAUCAACACUAACAAAAAAUCGAAUUAAUGUCCCUCGCUGUGACACUGAUGGUACUCUAAUGUUCCCAUCUGCCACAGUCAAAAACUUAUGUAUCAUUCUUGACCCUUCAUUGACCCUAGAUGCCUAUAUUAACAAACUCUCUAAAGCAGCAUUUUCCCAACUACGUCGUAUCGCCCAAAUUCGUCCCUAUAUUAGCCCGAAAGAUGCUGAAUCAUUAUUCCAUGCAUUUAUUACAUCUCGCCUUGACUACUGUAAGGCUCUUUUUUCUGGACUACCAGCACACUCUAUCUCCCGCUUGCAAUAUGUUCACAAUUCUGCUGCGAGAGUACUAACUUACACUAAACGACCUGCACAUAUUACACCCAUCCUAUUUAACCUUCACUGGCUACCUGUCGCAUCCCGUAUCGCAUACAAAAUUCUACUGCUUACAUUUAAGUCACUCCACAGUCUAGCUCCUUACCUUUCUGAUUUACUUUCUCCCUAUACUCCCAUUCGCUCACUCCGAUCUUCUGGGUGCGAUCUUCUUCUUGUUCCUAGAUUCCAUCUUUCGUCAAUGGGCGGCAGGUCUUUUUCUGUUUUGGCACCUAAGACAUGGAACUCAAUUCCCCUGGCACUCCGAACUAUACCUCCAUCACUGAAUUAAAAACUAAGCUCUAAACCUAUUUGUUCUCUCAGUAUUAUCAGUUAUAAUGUGUAUAUGCAUCAUGUACUGCUCAUUGUAUUUGCAUGCUUACUUCUACUGGAUUGAAGUGACUAAUUCCUUGUAUGAUCUGUUACCUGCUAUAUGCAACUGCAUUUGCUUUCUGUUCUGGACUGGGCAACUGUCCACUGUCCAUAUGAUUGUCUAUAUGUUUGUUAUGUUACUGUUCUUUAUUGUGAAGUGUCCUUGAGCUCUGGAAAGGCGCUAUAUAAAUUAAACAUAUUAUUACUUCCA